CCCUGGAGACGGGUUGCUCGGCGGUCGCUUGGUAACCGGUCGCGGCGGUCCCGUCUGCGGCAACGCAGGCGGCUCAGGCGGCCGAGGUCUGUGGGCCGAAGCCCACACGGGGCUCUUUCUGCCUGCUCUGUGAUGGCGGCUGCGACGGCAGUGGUCACGCCCUCAGGUUUGGAGGAUGGGGUGUCUCGGUCCCGCGGCGAAGGGGCCGGGGAGGUGGUCGUGGAGCGGGGGCCUGGUGCGGCCUACCACAUGUUCGUGGUGAUGGAGGACCUGGUGGAGAAGCUGAAGCUACUCCACUACGAGGAGGAACUCCUCCGGAAGAACAACCUGAAGCCCCCGUCCAGACACUAUUUUGCACUGCCUACCAACCCUGGUGAACAGUUCUACAUGUUUUGCACUCUUGCUGCUUGGUUGAUUAACAAAGCAGGACGCCCCUUUGAGCAACCUCAAGAAUACGAUGACCCUAAUGCAACUAUAUCUAACAUAUUAUCUGAACUUCGAUCAUUUGGUAGAACUGCAGAUUUUCCUCCUUCAAAAUUAAAGUCAGGAUUUGGAGAACAUAUAUGCUAUGUUCUUGACUGUCUAGCUGAAGAAGCAUUAAAAUAUAUUGGUUUCACCUGGAAAAGACCAACAUACCCAGUGGAAGAAUUAGAAGAAGAAGCUGUCCCAGAAGAUGAUGCAGAAUUAACAUUAAAUAAAGUGGAUGAAGAAUUUGUGGAAGAGGAGACAGACAAUGAAGAAAACUUUAUUGAUCUCAACGUUUUGAAGGCCCAGACAUAUCGCUUGGAUAUGAACGAGUCUGCCAAACAAGAAGAUAUUUUGGAAUCCACAACAGAUGCUGCGGAAUGGAGUCUCGAAGUGGAACGUGUACUACCACAACUGAAAGUCACGAUUAGGACUGACAAUAAGGAUUGGAGAAUUCAUGUUGACCAAAUGCACCAACAUAAAAGUGGAAUUGAAUCUGCUCUAAAGGAGACCAAGGGAUUUUUGGAUAAACUUCAUAAUGAAAUUAGCAGGACUCUGGAAAAGAUCGGCAGCCGAGAAAAGUACAUCAACAAUCAGCUUGAGCACUUGGUUCAAGAAUAUCGUGCAGCUCAAGCCCAACUGAGUGAGGCAAGGGAGCGAUACCAGCAGGGUAAUGGCGGAGUAACGGAGAGGACCAGGCUCCUGUCUGAGGUUACAGAAGAACUAGAAAAGGUAAAGCAGGAAAUGGAAGAAAAAGGCAGCAGUAUGACUGACGGCGCUCCCUUGGUGAAGAUUAAACAGAGUUUAACAAAGCUGAAGCAAGAAACUGUUCAGAUGGACAUCAGAAUCGGUGUUGUAGAACACACAUUACUCCAAUCAAAACUGAAAGAGAAAUCUAACAUGACUAGGGACAUGCAUGCGACAGUCAUUCCAGAAUCUGCAGUAGGCUCUUAUUAAAAUAUACAGUUUUUCAUGCUUCUGAUUAGUUGUUUUUUUAUAUCAAAGUAUAUUUCACGUUGCAUAGAUUUUCAAAACACAAAGCACGUUCAGUGGGUGUUUUUUUACAUAUAUACACAUACCUAUUGUAUCGUGAUAAUGGACGGUUAAAGCCUUUAAAUUGAAUAUAAUAAGGUGAUUAAAAAUUCUCACUUCGAAAGAAACUUUCACUAAUCAAUGCAUAUGUUAAAGCCCCCACCUGGUGGCAUGUUUUUCUUACUGUUCGUUAUGUAAGCCAAUGUCCAUGACCCAUGCCUUCUGUAGUGCUGCUGCUGCUGACACCACAUGGACCUUUGACACGAGCCUGGCACCUUCAGUUUGGUCCACCUCUGCAGUGACCACAGUUGCCUCGGUGCCCAGUGGCAGCUAAUGAUGGCUGGGGAUUCUUUUUUAAGAACCCAGACUACCCUUGCCUCAGCUUUAUGGUUACCUAAAAUCACAUUUCUUUUAAAAAGCAUAUGAAAAAACUUCAGUGUGCUUAUUAACAUUUGAAGCUUAUUAUCUAUCAUGAGUAUGUCAUGACUAAAAUGAUUUUGUAUCUUCUCUGAUCUAAGGUCACCUAAUAAACAUUUCAGGCAUGUUUGACUCUGUAGUGACAAAAAAAGUAUAUACGUGUCUCAGUUCUAGUUUUUUCUGUGGUAUCGGCUGUACUAAAGAAUCAUUUAUAGCAGAAUGGGAGACAGCAAGACACGUGAAGAUCAGCCUCCCUGUGUCAGUGAUUUUUCCUUACAAUCUUACUGAGCAAAAUUCUACUCUGGGACUGCUAAAUUGCUAAAAUAAGCAAUACUAGCAUGACCAGACUUAACAUCUGGGGGAAACUGGUGAGGAGAGCACAAACCAGAAGAUAGCCUGCAUUUAUGUUUUAAAAAGAAGAAAAGAAAAUCUGGUGAAUUUUGAUAAGAGUACUAUAUUUGUAUAGACAACAAAAAUAAUAAAAUCCCCUUUUCAAUUUUUAUCGUAAUAUUUUGUCUCCCCAAUUUUUUGUCUUAGUCUUUACUUUAUAGGUAACACACACACACACGCAAAUAUUUUUCUUCAUACUCUUCUUGAGUUUAAGUUUAGUUAAAAGAAAAGGAGUAUGUAUAAACUUUUCUAUGACC